AUGGACGAAGGCGUCGACGACCCCGCGCUCGCCAGCGCCUUUACCGUCGAAAGCCAGCGCCUGGAGUUCGACAUCAGCUUCCGUCCGCGCCUUCUGAAAGCGAAGACGCAGAUUACCAUCCAACCGCAGUCGCCUAAGCUCAAAGAGAUCCACCUGAGCUGUCGCCAGCUCAAACCGACCCGCGUGCGCCUAUCAAGCCGCAACGUCCACCUCGAAUACCAUGACCAGUAUGACCAUCUGGGUCUGCCCCCGCAACACACCAUCCACCAGUACCACUUCUUACGCAACCGCGUGGGGCGCCAUGAGAUCGGUGUCGAGGAGGAGCUGAAAGUGCCUCUGCCGCCGGACUUCAAGAUUCCGACGCGGCGGAUGCAGGGUUCGCAGGAAGUUGUCUGCGAUCCGUUGGUGGUGGAGAUCGAAUACAAGUUGGACGACUUUCGCGAUGGCCUGCAUUUCGUCGGCACCGGCGAGGGCGACUCGCGCUAUCCUCACGUAUACACGCGCAACACAGGUUUCCCGGGCUUCGCUUCCUCCUUGUUCCCUUGUGUCGACGAUGGAAACACACGAAUACCCUUCGAGCUGUCCGUCCGAUAUCCACGUACUGUGGCAGAUGCGCUUGGCAAGGGUCCCGCGUCCGACAGCCGACCCCAGACAAACGGCGCACAGAAGGCAGAUAGCGUCUUAGACGGGUACGACGAGGAUAAUGAGUUGACCGAGGAGGAACGAGCGUUGGAGAUGCGGGCUGUUUGCUCCGGUGAGCUGACUGAUACUAUUGUCGACCCUACAGAUCCUACCCGAACUACGUCAAGCUUUCGGAUAGACCCUAUCACCGGAGGAGGUGUCCUCCCACAGCACGUGGGCAUUACGAUAGGCCCUUUUCAGGAGGUGGAUCUUUCGCGAUUUCGUACCGAGUCUGAAGGCGACCGUCUACAAGAUCAAGCCGUCCGGGUGCACGCCUUCUGUUUGCCGGGGAGGGAGGACGAGCUCAGCAACAGCGCUAUGAUGAUACCGAAGACGCUGGAUAGCUUUGUCGACUGUUACCAGACAUAUCGACUGGGAAAGUCAUAUGAGCUUGUGUUCGUGGACGAUCUGCCGCACGAUACUGCCCAUACCAUGGCCCUCACCAUCUGCAGCUCUCGAUUGCUGUAUCCAGAGAGCGUAUGGGAACCACUAGAACAUACUACACGGACUUUAGUGCACGCUGUGGCCAGCCAAUGGAUUGGCGUAGAUGUUAUCGCACAAGAACCCCGCGAUCACUGGAUCAUAGCAGGCGCAUCAUGGUUCAUGACGGAAUAUUACCUGCGUGAUCUGUUUGGACGCAAUGACCAUCGAUUCCGGCAAAAGGCAGCCAUGGAUAAGCUCUUGCGAAUGGAUGUGCGGAGGCCUUCAUUGUAUGAGCUAGGCCGGUACAUUCAUCUAGAUCCUGGCGCACAAGAGUUCAUGGAUCUCAAAGCUUUGGCUGUUCUUUCUAUACUCCAUAACCGCCUUGUGAAGACGAGCGGAAAGAAUGGUGUGGAUCGAUGCCUAUACAGACUGUUGCUGAAUAGAGCUGGUGGCUCCCUCAACAACGGUGCCAUCUCUACGGACGCCUUCCUCUUACUAUGUGAGAAGGUCGGCCACCAGAAGCUCGACAGCUUCUUCAAGCAAUGGGUGUAUCAAGCUGGCUAUCCCAUAUUCGAAUGCCAUCCGACCUUCAACAAGAAGAGGCAGACUGUGAAUUUGACUAUCAGACAAUCACAAAGUGGGCUAAUACAUGAUGAACCGCUCAGCUCCUCUGCUUUUAUGAGGGAAGCUAAGGAGCGAAGUCGAUCAUUCGUUCCCAGCUCAGAUUUUCCUGCCUUUGUCGGGCCCAUGACCAUUCGGAUACACGAAGCGGAUGGAACACCAUACGAGCACAUCAUCGAAAUCAACUCAUCGAACGUGAGGGCCGAGAUUCCCUAUAACACAAAGUACAAGCGCAUCAAGCGUAACAAGCUCAACAAAGAACGACAAGCUCAGGCGCAAGGAGGUGAUGCAACUGGGGAACAAGAUGAAGUCACUAUCUAUUCCCUGGGUGAUUUGUUCUUGAACUCAGAAGAAGUGGAAGAAUGGAAAAUCCAGGAUUGGUCAACUGAAGACGAGCAGAAGAUGGAGAAUGAAGCGUACGAGUACAUCCGCGUGGAUGCGGACUUUGAAUGGCUCGCGCGCAUUUCGAUCACCGACAUGCCAUCCUACAUGUUUGUGUCGCAGCUGCAACAAGACAAGGAUGUUGUUGCACAGGCGGAAUCCAUCCAGUACUUGGCUCGGAAACAAGGCCACGGCAUCAUCUCUAGUUUCCUUGUCAAGACGCUUAUGGACGCCCGGUACUUCCAUGGUAUUCGAACGAUGGCGGCUGAGGUCCUGGCGAACCAAUUUCAUGUCGAUGGCCCGGUCGAGCUUAUUGGGCUAUACCAUCUUAAAAAGGCUUUCCAAAAGCUUUUCUACGUUUCGAACUCAGAUAUGACACGACCCAACGAUUUUACCGACCGAGCUCUAUACAACGUUCAGUGUGCUAUUCCUCGGGCUAUUGCCAAGGUGAAGGGGCGUGACGGUAGAACGCCUGCAGAGGUUAAGCAGUUCCUGCUAGACAUCAUUCGCCACAACGACAAUCGGGGCAACGAAUACAGUGAUGACUUUUAUCUUGCCACGCUCAUGCGGGGGCUAGCUGAAUGUCUCGCCGAUCCAAUAUUGGACGAUUCUUCUAUCGAUUUCAUGGCGCAAUCAGUAGAGGUUGAGUUCAGGAAGAAGGCAAUGGGCGAGAUUGAUCGCCACAAGCGCCUUGAUGAAUGGAUUCCAUCGUACAACAACGUGUUCACCACGACCGCACUUGAUUGCGAUGUUCGGUUAAUGAUGAACCGUCUGAAGCCGCUUAAAAUUUCGGAAUUCUUGUUCUACAGCCAAACGGGCAACGCAGAGAACGUCCGGUUGAAGGCAUGGGAGUGUCUUGUUCGUCUUGGCGCAUUUUGCACCAAGGACAACAUCACGAAGUAUUUGAUCCAUGAGCUCUAUGCGGACCCGUCUCCGUACUUUAGAACUCAGCUGCUCCGGAUAAUGGGCUUAGCGAUCGGCCAAAUUGCAGUUGGCGACGCGAUCAUAUUGAAUGAUUUGAGGAAGCGCGAGGCAAAUGAUGGUCUUGUCCUCGGUAACGAGGACGACGAAGGCCAAAGCCGUAAAGAUAAACAAGAUCGCGCUAAGCUGGACGGUGCCCUCCGUGCACUGAGGAUUAGCUUGGGCAAGAAUCUGGCCUUCAAAGAGGCACUAGAGGAAGCGCUCAAGGCUAAUGGAUCAUCAUUGCAGAUCGUGUCUGAGCUGCUGGAUAUCUGCGACAUGUUUGUUGACCAGAUCAACAGAAUGGUCGUGGUGUUGAAGUACCCGCGCUAUUGGAAAGUGGCGCGUCUCGACCCUCCGCGAGCAAGCAAACUUCGCAUGCACUUCUCUCGAGGAAAUAUUCGAACCAAAAUGCUGCGCCCGCCCAAGCCUAUUCCGCCGGCUGUGGUUGAAGAGGCAGCAAAGCCGCCGCCGAAGAUAGCGAUCAAGUUUGGCAUUGGCAAGAGCACUACAGAGGAUCAAGCACCAGAUGGAUUGCCCACGAGCGUCAAAACAUCUCUUACGGCCCAAUCACGUCCGGCGUCAGAAUCUGCGCCGGGUACUCCGAUACGAGUAACUACCCCAGCCGCAUCACAGGACAACCGAAAGCUGCCUGUUGCUGAAGUGCAAUCUUCAGUUACCUUGACCGGUACUCCAGACGGGUCGAAAGCAUCCACGCCUGCGCCCUCGCAAGUACAAGCUCCUUCUCCAGCAUCGACACAGGCUCCUGAUAUAUCGACACCUAUGGAAGGUGUCGAAAUAACCUCAGUACCUGCCAAGCCCCGACCUCAGCCUCCGGUCAAAGCUUCGACUCCCGCUCCUGCACCCUCCCCAGCUCCAGCUACUGUCCCCGCACCGGCGUCUGCAAAACCCACACCUACCCCUACCCCCACACCCACCGCAGAAACGCCCAAGCCGCCAAAGCUCAAACUGAAGACCAAGAACCCGCUCAAGGCGCCCAAGCCAUCUUCCUCCCUGCCCAAGGCGAAGAGCAAGCGCAUCGUCCUCCGUCUCCCACCAGAGAAGCUAGCCACGCUCGGAAAGCGAAAGGCCCAGACGGACAUCGAUCCCCGGCCCGCGAAGCGCACGCCCACCGCGUCGCCGUACCUGAACGGCGGCACAUCCACGCCCACUCGCAAACUAGUCACCGUGGAGAAGAAGACGGGCGAGCGGCCGCGCCUGCUGGUGAAGAUGAAGGUGGGCAGUGCGAAUUUGGCGCGUCUCGUGCGCUGA